AUGGACACGGAAUCUGAAAAGGGAUGUGGACCUAAGAAAUUUUCAUAUGGAGAACUGGUUCGUGCAAUGGAUAAUUUUCGGAAGAAAAAAAGCUUGGAGGAGCAGGAUUUGGGGGGGUCUAUCAAAGACUAUAAUGAGCAGGAAAUAGAAUGCUUGAUGAUUGUUGAACUUUGGUGUGCUCACCCUGAUAACAGUCAGCGGCCAUCAAUAAAGAAAGCUAUUCAUGUCCUUAACUUCGAAGCUGUUGCCCCUUCUCCCAUCAAAGUUGCCAGUGUUGACAUAUUUUGCUCCGUUAAAUAA